UUAUUUCAGCACUCUAUAAGGAUGGAAAAUUUUCUAAUUGGAGCUUACAGAUUAUUAAAAGCAUUACCUGAAGGAGGUGCUGCUAUAGCAUAUUUAAACGCAGAAAAUGAGUCUCUCAAGAAAACAAUAUCACGGUUGAAACAGUGUGUUCAUUACAUGGAAAAAAGAUUUAAAGAUCACGUGAAACAAUCUGCUGAACGAGGUUACAAUGCAGCCAGAGUUGUCAAAUGUUUUAAUAACAGGAGUAUACAACAGUGUGCUGAUAAAUGUAAUGCAAUUUAUCAUGAAUAUGACCUGAAAGUGAAAGAAAUAGAAAAAUCAUUGGAGAAACAAUAUAAUGAAAAUUUAGAAUCAUAUGAAAGAUUACUACGGUCUUUAGAAAGUGAUAAACGUCGUCUAGAAUUGCAGAAUUUGAAAUUACGGGUAGACGUUGAAAAUUUUAAAACAGCCGUGAAAACCGCAGAAUUUCAAAGCAAUCAAUUAUUGGAAGAAAUUGAAAAAUUUAAAGUAAACAAGGAAACUGUAGAAUUAGAAAACAAGAAAUUAUCAGAAGAAAUUGAAAACCAUAAGAUAAACAAGAAAUAUGAAAUAAAUGCUAUUAUAAAAGAAAAAAUUGACAGCGAAAGACUCAAAUGGGAACAACUAAAGAAUGAAGAAGUUAUGGAAGCCAAACGUGCUGAUUGGUGUAACGUUUGCUUGAAGUCGGCUGUUAUUCAUUGUUGUUGGAAUACAAACUACUGUAGCAAUCAAUGCCGUCAGAAACAUUAUGAAAAACAUUCACGCCACUGUCUCAAUGAAGAAAGUAAGAAGGCACCAAGUGCUUCGACAGCAUCUGCAGAAAAGCGUAAAAAUUUCACACAGCGUUCAAAUAUACAGAGAAGCGUGACUCUUAUGAGUAGCAGCUCUCAUCAUACUUCUGUUAUGCAGGCUACAGAAUUUACAUUUGCAACAAAUUCAGUCACAGUUCCACAUGAGCCUACUUCAUCAUUUAUGCAAGGAAGAAAUGCUUCACCUUUAUUGCCAACACCUAAAAAAAGUUGUUCUAAGACACUUGGAGCAUCACGAAGAAAAGAAAGAAAGGAAAGAUGAAACAGAUGACUGCAUUUUUUCUACAAUUUCCUUUGUUUGAAAUUUAUAAUUUUUGUAUACAUUUUGUUUAUUAAUAAAUAUGAAUCAUAGAGUAAA